AUGAAGAAGACGAAGAAAACUAAGACAGAGAUGGGAAUGAAGAAGGGAAAAGAGAAGGACGGAGUGUUGUACGGCUCUCCAGGCGACAUCGACCUCUGGCCUGCCCUAAUGGUUGAAGACUUGAUCCCUGGUACAAGAGUGGGACCGACACUUAUGUGCCUCUUUGUUACCCAGUUUCAGCGGCUAAGAGAUGGAGAUAGGUUUUGGUAUGAAAACCCCGGAGUGUUUACCCCCGCACAACUCACCCAGCUGAAACAGGCGUCAUUGGGCCGCGUGCUUUGUGACAACGGUGACAACAUUCAGCACGUCCAGGCUGACGUCUUCGUAAAGGCAGAAUACCCACAGGAUUACCUGAGCUGCAGUGAGAUACCAAAGAUUGAUUUGCAAGUGUGGCAAGACUGCUGUGAAGGCUGUAGGAGCAGAGGACAGUUCAGAGCAUUCCCAGCACAAUCUCGGAGGAAACGCUCUGCUCGGUACAGCCAUCCCAACAAGGAAGGCGUGGACGUGAGUGAUCUGAUAAGUAGGCAACAAGAUAACUUAUAUGCAGAUGAAGAUUCUAGAAAUUUGAUGCUUCUGGCAGAAACAAAGUUCGCCCAGGAUUUCAGCAAUUUUGCAUUGGAAAUUCAGAAAACCAUCUCAGGGCUCAGAGACCAGAUCGCCCAGCUGGAGGCGCGCCUGAGGCGGGCGGGCUGCACGGACGGCGCGGGCGUCCCGAGGAAAGCGGGGGAGCGCUGGCUGAAGGACUGCGCCGCCUGCGUCUGCGAGAGUGGCCAGGUCACAUGUGUGGUGGAGGCUUGUCCCCCGGCUCCGUGUUCCAGUCCUGAAUAUGUGAAAGGAACCUGUUGUCCAGUUUGCAGAGGUGGAGGAAUGCCGGCCGAUUCCCCAGAGAAACACUAGCAAGUGUCUUCUACUCUUAAGCCCUGAAUGGAGAAUUUCUCAGGAAGAGACACUUAAGACUUCAGCAUUUAACCUGUAGUCACAUUCUUGAUAUGCAAACCACUGAUUUAAGAGCAAGGUUGUUCAUUUAAACCUUAGACACACCGAAGACCUUUUUAUCUUUUCAUUUUCUAACAUGCCUUGAAAUAAUGCAAAACUAAUGGCUAUAAAAUGCAUAGGAAUUAUUUUGUCUUAGGAAACAUUUCUCAUUGUAAGCCAUCAGUUCUAUAUACCAUAUGUGGAAAUAAAGAGAAUAUAUAGUGUAA